AUGCAAAGGAGCUCCGCUGCUUUCGAGAAGAACUUUACGGCCAAGAGCGCAGCACACAAGACGUGUCGGCGGACUCAAAACCUGGACGCACAGAACACUUGCCGGACAGAGCUGAAAACUGUGACAAGCACCGCCAAGACGACAUGCGAGGCGCUGGAAGCACUGGAGAAGACCAUGUACAGCGCCAAGGACUCGUGUGAAGCGAAGUCUGGUAAGGCUUUCGAGGCUUACCACACACGGCUGAUCGAGGCGUCGCAGAAGACUUUGGCAGAGUACGCAAAGCUGAAGAAUUGGUGCUCCAAAGCCAAGAAGGAGUUGGAAGACAAGGGACCUGAGUGCACCAUCGCAUUGAAGACUUACGAAACCCUGAAGCACAACUGCGACAGUGUGCAGGAUGCCAUGGAUAGUCGGAUAGUCUUUCUUGCUCCCACUAUUGGGCGGCGACCAGCAAGUGCGAGGCUUUUGGAACGUGCUAUGACAAGGCUGUCUCCAAUGACGAGUCCAGAUUCGUCCAAAGGAGAGGCGCGCCAUCUUGCGCAUGCCACGUCCCGGCGAACAUGGCCGGGAGCGAAGGCCUGCCUGCGGACAGUCCGGCCAAAGCGUGUGUUGCUUCCUGCUGCCAGCAGUCCCGCGGCACGUCCGGCUUGA